CUUCCCGGGAUGAGGACUCCCGGUGUGGUCACCGGGCGCGCCCUAGGUCGCUAAGGGACCCCGGCCAGGCGCGGAGAUGGGGGUGCACGAAUGUCCUGCCUGGCUGUGGCUUCUCCUGUCUCUGCUGUCGCUCCCUCUGGGCCUCCCAGUCCCGGGUGCCCCACCACGCCUCAUCUGUGACAGCCGAGUCCUGGAGAGGUACCUCUUGGAGGCCAAGGAGGCGGAGAAUGUCACGAUGGGCUGUUCCGAAAGCUGCAGCUUGAAUGAGAAUAUCACCGUCCCAGACACCAAAGUUAACUUCUAUGCCUGGAAGAGGAUGGAGGUCGGGCAGCAGGCUGUAGAAGUCUGGCAGGGCCUGGCCCUGCUCUCGGAAGCUGUCCUGCGGGGCCAGGCCGUGUUGGCCAACUCUUCCCAGCCUUUCGAGCCCCUGCAGCUGCACGUGGAUAAAGCCAUCAGUGGCCUUCGCAGCAUCACCACUCUGCUUCGGGCGCUGGGAGCCCAGGAAGCCAUCUCCCUCCCAGAUGCGGCCUCGGCUGCUCCACUCCGAACCAUUACUGCUGACACUUUCUGCAAACUCUUCCGAGUCUACUCCAAUUUCCUCCGGGGAAAGCUGAAGCUGUACACGGGGGAGGCCUGCAGGAGAGGGGACAGAUGACCAGGUGCGUCCAGCUGGGCACAUCCACCACCUCCCUCACCAACACUGCCUGUGCCACACCCUCCCUCACCACUCCCGAACCCCAUC